ACAAAAAUUUUGAAACAGCAAAAGUUCAGUAAAAAUUUUGCCAGCACCCGCGACAGGUCACGGAGAUUUUGAUUUUUUUCUAUAAUUUUAAAUAACUCUAGAACCCUGGACACUGUCGCUACGCUUCGUAAAUCAGUCAUAAAAGUCAUGAAGAUCAAAUUGCCUAGAGAUCGUUUUCCAUCGAGCUCCUCAACGGAGGAGCAUGAAUUAAUAAUUCAUGAUUGGGAGAACGAUGUACAUCCUAUGAACAUUUUGCAAGCGCGCCUGCCGCCACCGCAUUCGAUCAUCGUAGGCUCAGUGAAGAAGCGACGUGGUAACCUUCCUAAAACCGCGGUCAGGAUCUUGAAGAGGUGGCUGUACGACCAUCGGUACAAUGCCUAUCCGAGUGAUACCGAGAAGAUAGCUUUAAGCAAAGAGGCCAACUUGUCGGUGCUACAGGUAUGCAACUGGUUCAUAAACGCCCGUCGACGCAUCUUACCAGACAUGAUACGCCGAGAGGGCCAGGAUCCCCUGCAGUACACGAUCUCACGCCGCGGCCGCAAGCAAGCAGGCGCGGCCGUGGGCAUGGUCAACAUGGGCGUCGGCGUCAACAUGGGCAUGGUGAACAUGGGCAGCAUGGGCAACAUGGGCAGCAUGGGCAUGCACAUGAACAUGGGCGUGGGGCCUAUGAUCGGUAUGCAUUCCGCAUCAACUUCUACUUUGGGCCUGAUCACCAAUAAUGUAAACAUUGGUGCAUGGGAGCAUGUUGAUGUUCAGACUAUGUCUGACCACGGGCCUGGUCAUGACUACGGCGACGGGCUUUUGGUCUACCAGAAUGAGAGUGACCAGCUCGGAGAAGCUGAAGAAGGAUAUUCCAGUGCGAUCAGCGAGGAGGAGGUGAAGUAUGAUCCCUCGGUGUGGCAGUCCGUCAUUCGCUACGGACCUAAUCAAGAUUUGCAUUCAGACCUUAGAGGCGCAACAGUAGUAUCAAUGACAGAAGAUGGUGGUGAGAUAGUGACGGGAGAUGUGGAUGGUUGGCAGCCUCCCGCGCCGGCCGCGCAGCUGACAUCUCACAGGCAGGUGGUGCCGUCGGAGAGAGAGGACAAGUUUAAAUGCUUACGUUUGCUCGUGGAGACCGCGGUGGCCGUGAGGCAACGCGAAAAAGAACAAGAAGAGAUCCUGCCUCUUUAGUCCAAAAUAGCGAUCAGCGUCAUAGUAAGGUGCAUAACUGGAGCGGAGUGGAGUGGUGAUGUGUUAAACAGAUCAAUCAUAUUAUUGAUAG